GAUGUUCAAGAGUGUGAAACUCUUUUUUUCCAGAGCGAUAAAAACGCCAACAGCCAAUUCUUUAUUGUUGAUUGCAGCAGAGCUCUCGAGUGCGUUAGCUGGGACAGGUUCCAGCACCCACUUGGUGACUUUCCACCCGAUGUUCAAUAUUCCACGGGAUCAAAUCACGUUGACGUUGCGGCUCGAGUCGGCGGCCUGUCGCUUUAAAUAGUUCUGCCCUAAAGGAUCAUGGGUAAUGCCUCUCUUUUCCCGUCUCGCUGUGCUGGAGGAGGCUCGGUCGUGCUUCAGCAAAUCUUCCCGAGUUUGUACCGAAUGUUCUGAAUCCUCCUGAUCACGACUUCCGUGGACCGAAACGUCAUUCGUGCCACCUUCGUGCCCGGUUGGAGGCGUCUCGUGCACCUUGAAGCUUCUCGGCCUAGCUUAGCUUAUCUUAGCAUAGCCUAGCUUAGCCUAGCUUGCUAACAAAGAGACGCGUUUGUAGUCAACACUUCGCUAAGCAGAGAUCAAGCGUGAGGGAAAGUGUUCUUCUUUGCGCCACCUACGAGUAAGGAGCGGGGAGCACAAUAUCGAAUACUAACACUGAAAUGGGGUUUUAAAAAAAAAACAGAAACAACAACAACAACGAAAUUCUGACAGCUUUGUUUUUUCCUGAGAGACUGAAAAAAAAUAUCCCGCAACGAUUAUUUUCUCAAUCGUUAUGUAUCUUAAUCUGGAUUCUGACUUUCAACACAAAUUGUCUCUCACAAACGAGCGCUGACAAAGCAUAAUGACAUGUUCUGCUGUUUACUUUUGUUGACAGUAAUCACAUCUCCCACUUUGCUGCGUUGCCAUUCUAACUAACAGCGGAAAGUCAUGUGAUCGUCGUGUGAAAAUGUGUGCGACGAGGACGCCGGAGUACGACGAGGAGGAGGAACUUUGUGGCCCAGAAGAGGAGAAGGAGCCACGUCUUCAACUUCUGCAGCCUCCAACUGCGCUACGCGGAGCAGACAUCACUGAACAUCUUCGUACUGAGCGGCAGGAGCCAGAGCCCCCUCGCAUUAAAGAGGAAGUGGAGGAUGAAGAGAUCCGCCACAUCAAAGAGGAAGAGAAGCCUAUUUUGAUUAAAAAAGAAGAGGAAGAAGCGUGCCCCCAUAUCAAAGAGGAAGAGGAUAUUACCAGGUUUCCAGUGACUGAUGUCCCUUUGAAGAGUGAAGAUGAAGGUCCAAGUGAGGAGAGCAGAGGGGCGGAGCCUCCAAGCAGCAACUCAAGUCAACACAUGACAACAGAAGGUGAUGGAGACCACCGUGCAGGAUCACAAGCAGACGGCCUCUUAGCUCCACUAUCAGAUAGUGACGACAUGACGUCGCACUCUCCUCACACUGAUGACGAUGGACAGUCUCAAGUCGAUAUGACAUUUCACACUGACAACAAACGGUGGAAAUGUUCCCUGUGUGGGACAACAUUUGCUUAUAAGAGUAGUUUGAAACAUCACAUGAGAACACACACUGGUGAGAAACCUUUUUCCUGCUCAGAUUGUGGUCAAAGAUUCUCUGAGAAGGGACACUUGACAAGACACAGAAGAACCCACACGGAUGAGAAACCUUUUUCCUGCUCAGUUUGUGGUCAAAGAUUCACUCAGAAGGGAAGCUUAAAAAUACACAGAAGAACACACACUGGUGAGAAACCUUUUUGCUGCACAGUUUGUGGUCAAAGAUUCACUCAGAAGGGAAGCUUAAAAAUACACACAAGAACACACACUGGUGAGAAACCUUUUUCCUGCUCAGAUUGUGAUCAAAGAUUCUCUGAGAAGGGACACUUGACAAGACACACAAGAACCCACACUGAUGAGAAACCGUUUUCCUGCUUAGAUUGUGGUCAGAGAUUCUCUGACAACGGAACAUUGACAAGACACACGAGAACCCACACUGGUGAGAAACCGUUUUCCUGCUCAGUUUGUGGUCAAAGAUUCACUCAGAAAGGAGGCUUAAAUAUACACACAAGAACACACACUGGUGAGAAACCUUUUUCCUGCUCAAACUGUGGCCAAAGAUUCUCAAAGAAUGAAGACUUAAAAAUCCACACAAGAACUCACACUGGCGAGAAACCUUUUUUCUGCUCAGUUUGUGGUCAAAGAUUCUCUGUGAAGAGAAACUUAAAAAUGCACACAAGAACCCACACUGGUGAGAAACCUUUGUCCUGCUCAGAUUGUGAUCAGAGAUUCUCUGACACGGGAACCUUGACAAGACACACAAGCGCCGACACUGACAUCACUGAAGAUCUUCGUACUAAGUGCCAGGAGCCAGAGCCCCCUCACAUUAAAGAGGAAGUGGAGGAUGAACAUGUCCACCACAUGAAAGAGGAAGCGGAGCCCAUUUUGAUUAAAAAAGAGGAGGAAGAAGUGCACCGCCGCUUCAAACAGGAAGAGGAGGAGGAUAUCACCAAGUUUCCAUUGACUGGUGUCCCUUUGAAGAGUGAAGAUGAAGGUCCAAGUGAGGAGAGCAGAGGGGCGGAGCCUCCAAGCAGCAGCUCAAGUCAACACAUGACAACAGAAGGUGAUGGAGACCACCGUGGAGGAUCACAAGCAGACGGCCUCUUGGCUCCACUGUCAGAUAGUGACGACAUGACGUCGCACUCUCCUCACACUGAUGAUGAUGGACAGUCUGAAGUCGAUAUGACAUUUCACACCGACAACAAACGAUGGAAAUGUUCCCUGUGUGGGAAAACAUUUGCUUAUAAGAGUAGUUUGAAACAACACAUGAGAAUACACACUGUCGAGAGAGCUUUUUCCUGCUCAGAUUGUGGCCAGAGAUUCUCUCACAAGGGACACUUGACAAGCCACACAAGAACUCACACUGGCGAGAAACCUUUUUCCUGCUCAGUUUGUGGUCAAAGAUUCACUCAGAAGGGAAACUUAAAAAUACACACAAGUACCCACACUGGCGAGAAACUUUUUUCCUGCUCGGUUUGUGGUCGAAGAUUCACUCAGAAGGGAAACUUAAAAAAACACACAAGAACCCACACCGGUGAGAAACCUUUUUCCUGCUUAGUUUGUGGUCAAAGAUUCUCUCGCAGGGAUCGGGCUAAGACACACAAGUGUGCUGGGGAGAAAAGCCGUGAUCAAGGUUUUAAUGAAAAUGUAAAUAUGUAAUCUAAAAAGUAAUGACUUACAAAAAUCGACCUCCUUCCCUUCUGUGUACCAGCUUUAAUUCUAUCUAUCUUUUUGUUGGCCAUAUGUUUUCUAAAAGCCCCGUGAGUGUUGAGAAAUAACACUAGUGCCAAAAUGCUUUAAGGGGACCAGUUAAUGGUGAGGACAUUGCCACUUAUUCCAUAGUUCUGGACUCAUAAAUGAUGUCUUCAGAAAAAAAGCCCUCCAAAAUAGAGUCAGUAGUCCUUUUAGAAUGGUUUUCCGAUUUGAGCCUGCCCACAUUUUGGACAUGUCAGCCUGUCACAUAAGAGCAGGAGCCGAUUCCAUUUCCUCAUUAUUCCUUAUAUGUUUUCCAUGGUGUCAGUUUUGCCCAUAUUGAGAGUCUGGUUGUAUAUUUAAGACAAUAAUAGUUGAAUAUGUUCGAAGGCUUGUUGUUUAAAAAAAAUCGACCGUUGAAAUGGUCAAGAAAUCCCACAUCAAGUCAAUUCUUGCAGCUUUUUUUCCUCCUACGUCAGCUGAAUUUUGAAUUGUAGUAUUCAGUAUGUGUGUGUAUGUGUCGAUUAAAUGUAUGUAUUGAUCGCAAAGGCGGCUUUGUGUGACAGACGUCGACUUUGGCUGGCUGUCAUAACUUCAGAUUACGUUAUGACGAGGGUCUCCCGGCCGAACGCGUUACGUUGCUUCAUGUCCCGAAACUUCAGCUGAUCUAAAAUAAUCCGUAAGAUCUAAAAUAUUGGGCCGAUGGUUGUAAUAUUGGGCGGCAUGGUGGACGACGGGUUACCACACCCGCCUCGCAUUUCUGAGGACCCGGGGUUCAAAUCUGCCCUCCUGUGGGUGGAGUUUGGAUGUUCUCCCUGUGCCUGCGUGGGUUUUCUCCGGGGACUCCCUUGUUUCCUUCCACAUCCCAAAAACGGGCACGGUAGGUUGAUUGAAGACUCUAAAAUUGCCCUUAGGUGUGAAUGUGAAUGCCAAUGGUUGUUUGUUUAUAUGUGCCCUGCGAUUGGCUGGCAACCAGUUCCAGGGUGCCCCCCGCCUCCUGCCCGCUGUUAGCUGGGAUAGUGAGGAUAAACAGUGUAGAAAAUUGAUUUUCAGAGGUCGAAGCUACCAAGAGUAAAGAUGUCCGCAUCCAUUUUGGGGAUGAUUGUUGCCAGUUUUGGGACGUUAAGCCACAUUUCUUGUGUUCAUGCUUGAGCCUUUCAGGGAUGUGGCAUUCGCCUGCUGUGUUUGUAUCACUUUAAUCAUGAAAUCCUAUUGAACUUGCCAUUAGCCUUGACAACAAACUGUGGGAAAGAGCUCGAGAGAGAGAGGGGGGUUAGAGCGCGUAAGGUCGCACCUCGCUGUCAGCACCUCACCCGCCUUCUACACAUCCUAUUGCCCCGUCGUCAAACCCACCAUUACAUCCCCAGGAACGUCAGCGUCGCGUCAUCCAGCGGCUUUUGCGGUCAGUCAGGUCACUUCCUUUCCAUGUGCCCCCUGCGACCAAACGACAAGGCUCACCACAGUCUGAGAGCGCCGUGAUGAGGCACACCACCAUUUCCCUCCCGUCUGACUGUUCCUGCUUGCAUUCUAGGUUCCACUCACAACACACCCAUUGUAGCCCUAAUGGACUCCAGUGCAGACGAUAGCUUUAUUCACCAAGGUAUAGUACAUCAGAUCCAACUCCCUCUCCAACCACUUCCGUACCCCAAAGAAGCCACAGCCCUGGAUGGCCGAGUCAUCUCCCCUGUCACCCACCAAACAGUGCCAUUCAACUUGCUGGUUUCCAGUAAUCACCGUGAGAACAUCUCUCUUUUUGUUAUCCCUUCCCCUGACACCCCAUUAGUCCUCGGUAUUCGCUGGCUCAGAGAACAUAACCCCACCAUAUACUGGACGCACUUAGCUAUCACCGGAUGGAGCCCUGCCUGCUCUCUGCUAUACCGCCCUCUGGUAAACCACCACCAUCUUCCAUGCCAGUCGACCUCUCCCGUGUCCCAGAAGAAUAUCAUGAUCUGUCCCCUGUUUUCAUUAAAGACCUGGCCAUUUCUCAACCCUCCACCCCCAUAUGACUGCACCAAUAAUCUGCUGCCGGGGGCCCCUCUUCCCUCCAGCCAUCUCGUCAACCUUUCCCGACCUGAGAAAAAGGCAAUGGAGGACUAUUUCCAUGACUCUCUGGCUUCCCGACUCAUUCGUCCUUCCUCGUCUCCAGUAGGGGCCGGUUUCUUUUUUGUCGAGAAGAAAAACACCACUCUCUGCCCCGGUAACGACUACUGUGAACUCAAUGACAUUACCAUUAAAAACAAAUCAGCACUACCCCUCAUUGACCCGUCAUUUGAACCUCUGUGAUGCCCAAAUAUUCACGAAAUUGGACCUACGAAACGCCUACCACCUCAUCCGUAUCCAAGAGGGGGAUGAAUGGAAGACCGCUUUCAAUACCCCUCUCGGACACUUUGAAUAUUUAGUCAUGACAUUCGGAUUAACCAACGCCCCCUCAGUCUACCAAGCAUUCAUCAAUGACGUUCUCCGUGACAAACCAGUUUGUUUUGUGUACCUGGACGACUUUCUCGUUUUCUCCCGCUACCCCGAAGAAUACCGUACUCGUGUACGCCAAGUCCUCCAACGCCUCCUUGAAAACAGUCUGUACGUCAAACCAGAAAAAUGCGAAUUCCACCUCUCCUCCGUACAUUUUCUACAAUGCUACGUCAUUGCCAAAGGUCAAUUGCAACCAGACCCUGCCAAAAUCCAACCUAUCGUUGACUGGCCCAUUCCUACCACCUGGAAAGACCUACAACGCUUCCUCGGAUUCGCCGCAAUUACAGCAAGGUCGCUAUUCCCCUCACUAGCGUUACAUCCACCAGCUCCUCCUUUCAGUGGACCCUGGCAGCAUCCCAAGGUUUCAGCCAGCUCAAGACGCUUUUCACCGGUGCUCCCAUCCUACGCCACCCCGACCCUCACUCCAGUUCUUGGUGGAGGUCGACACCUGGGACUCUGGGGCUGGGGCCGUCCUGGCAGCAGGACCCCAUGUCCCAGAAGCUUCAUCCCUGUGCCUUUUUUUUCCCCUGUCGCCUGUCCCCUGCCGAGAGGAAUUACGACGUUGGCAACCAAGAGCUGCUGGCCAUUAUUUGGGCUUUGGAGGAAUAGAGGCACUGGCCGAAGGGGACUUAAGUACCCUUUAUCAUCUGGACUGAUCACAAGAACCUUGCCUACCUCCGUUCUGCCCAACGCCUUAACCCCCGACAAGCUUUCUGGGCCCUCUUUCUGAGCCGAUUUAAUUUCAGCCUCUCCUUCCCGCAACAGCAAACCCGACGCCCCCUCCAGCCCUGCCAAACACAACCCUAUGCCUUCUCCUUCCUGCUUCGUUGGUGCUGCCACAUGGAAGAUUGAACGCACUCACUGAUUGAGGAGUGUCUGUAACAUUUGCACAACCAACAUUGUCCCAGAUGAUCGCACUACUCGUCACUUUAAACCGCAUACACUCCUUGAAGUCUCGGCGCCCCUUUGCACAACGGUCAUUGCACCGGACUAUUGCAAUAUUAGUCAUUUGAACUGCUCUAAGUGCUAGAGGACUCUGCAUCUUUUUGCACAAUUGUCAAAAAAAAAAAAAAAAAAAAAAUGUACCGGCAUUACCAGAUAACUAGCAACCCUUUACUGCUCAGUGACUGUUUUUUUUUGUUUUUUUGUCAAUGUCUUUCUGUCUCCAAAGUGUUCUGUAAAUUGACCGUCUGUUGUCGUACUAGAGCGGCUCCAACUACCGGAGACAAAUUCCUUGUGUUUUUUGGUCAUACUUGGCAAAUAAAGAUGAUUCUGAUUCGGAUUCUGAAAUGACUCACCCUGUCCCCAAGACCGGACCUCCAAACCGUCUAUUCGUACCUGAUUCCGCACGCCCUGACGUCCUUCAGUGGGCCCACAACUCCAAGCUAUUGUGUCAUCCUGGCAUCACCCGCACUAUUCACUUCAGCCAGCAACAUUUCUGGUGGCCCAGCCUAGUCAAGGACACCUGGGAAUUCGUCCAAGCCUGCUCCGUCUGCGAUCGAGGGAAGGUUUUAUACCUGCCUCAAGCUGGUGUACUGCGCUGCGCCCCUUACCCAUCCCGAGCCGCCCUUGGUCCCACAUCACUUUGGACUUCAUUACCGGCCUGCCUUCUUCGGAAGGUAACAAUUAUUUUCACUAUUGUCGAUCGAUUUUCUAAGUACGUCCAUUACGUACCCCUUCCCAAGUUACCCUCUGCAUUUGAAACUGCUCACCUCCUUGUUCUCCAUGUCUUCAAACUCCACGGGUACCAUCCAAAGACCAACGGCCAGACGGAGCGGGCAAAUUCAUACCUGGAAUCAGCCCUUGGCUGCGUUGCCGCAUGCAACCCCAGCUCCUGGAGUUCAUUCCUUCCUUGGAUUGAGUACGCCCACAACCCCCUCACCACCUCAGCCACCGGUAUCCAUUCAUGGCCUGUUAUGGUUCCCAACUGCCGUUAUUUAAGGAACAAGAACAUGUGGUGGCGGUUCCCGCGGUGAGGGAUCACUUGAAAAGGGUCCGGUCCGUCUGGAAGGGCAUCAGGGCGGCUUUGGUUCCAUCUGCGUCAAAAAAUAAAUGGCUCCGGAGGAGCGUUCCUUGAUUUCACGUAAGCUUAUCCUCCACGACUCCCUUAUUUCAGACUUUUAUGUUGCUCACCUGGGAAAGCCUGGCGAAGCGUCCAUUGAGAGGCGGAUAGUGUCAUGAGCCACCCUGCAGUACCAUGGUUGGAGCCUGGGUAGCACCUUGCGCCAUCUUACCCUCUCUCUCUCUCUCCCGCCUUCCCGCUCUCUCUUUCCAGCACCUUCCUCGGCCGCACACCUGUCACCAAUCAUCCCUCGUUACCACCUGCAUAAAAGCCUGCCAGAUCCAGGAAAGUCUUGCCAGAGUAUUACAGCUUCUCUAGCAGUACAACGGCUCCCCAGUCUCCCUCCUUAUCCUCAGUGUUUCCUCUGUGUUCAUCGCCAAGCAAAUUCCUACCGCCACACCGUCAAGCCAGCUGCCUGCCCUCGUCACCGCCUGCCACGCGUUCCCUGCCUCCACUAGCCGCCAGCGCACCUCAAGGACCAUCUACAUUUGCCCUUUUCAAGAAACUGUUCAUCACAACCUCUCAGUCUCCGCCUUCUCUUGGGGCCAGUCUCCAUUCUGACGUGACAACACCUGCGCAAUAAUCAUGCUGUCUAAUCAGCAUCUUGAUAUGCCACACCUGCGCGGGGGGAUGGAUGAUCUCGACAAAUGAGAAAUUUGUCACUAACACAGAUUUAGACAGAUUUGUGAACACAAUUUGAGGGUAAUGGUCUGUUGUGUAUGGAGAAAAAGUUUUAGAUCUUGGACUCCAGCUCAGAAAAAAUAGCAGCAAAAACAAAAGUGUUGCGUUUAUAUUUUUGUUCAGUGUAAACGGUCCAUAAUGGUCCGUAUUCCAUGAGUUGUUCAUGAAAUAUGGACCAUUAAGACUCAUACUUCCUUUAAGCAAUGUGUGCAUUUUGUCCAAUGUUUUAGUAGUGUCCAUAUCAAAUAAGUAUAAUAUAGUAGAAAUAAUAAUGACGAUUAGUAUAAAUAAUAAUGAUUGAUUGAAAUAAGACUGUAAAGGAACUUGGACUUUUGUCUCUUAAAACAGUGAAUUUGGUUGUAUAUCAAAUAAAUGUUCCCCAUUAAAAAGAACUGAAAUGUCUAUCCAUCCAUCCAUCCAUUUCCUGAGCCGCUUCUCCUCACGCGGGUCGCGGGAGUGCUGGAGCCUUUCCCAGCUAUUUUUGGGCAGGAGACGGGGUACACCCUGAACUGGAUGCCAUAGAAACAAACAUUCACACCUAUGGGCAAUUUAGAGUCCUCAGUGAACCCUAACAUGCAUGUUUUUGGGAUGUGGGAGGAAACCGGAGUGCCCGGAGAAAAGCCACGCAGGCACGGGGAGAACAUGCAAACUCCACGCAGGCGGGGCCGGGGAUCGAACCCCGCACCUCAGAACUGCGAGGCAGACGCUCUAACCAGUCGUCCACCGUGCCGCCCACUGAGAAACACAAGUGUGCUGGUGAGGAUUGAUCAAGAAGCUUUUGUUGAAAAUGUCAAUGUUUAAUAUCAAAAGUCAUUACAAAAAUCUAGAUUUGUGUAUUUGACCUACCAUGUUUAUCUUCAUGUUGUCUUUGUCUUUUCUUAAAGCCUCCUGUGUACAAAUGUUAAGAAGUCACGCAUGCCUUGUUUUCCAACAAGUUAGUGAUGUCCACAUUAAAAAUAAAUGAUUGAUUGAGCUCGA